AUGUCCCAGGAUCCGGACCGUCCUUCCACGGGGGCGUCCAAUGAUCCCCCCGAGCAUUCCGUUCAUGUACGCUCUCGCUCAACUGCCCAUGCUCAGAGUCCCAAACGUCUCUCCGUCUUCAGCGGUCGCUCCCGAAGUAAUACCACCACCUCCACCACCUCCUCGCGUCGUUCGCCCGCCUCCUCCAUGACCUCCGCCGAUGCCGCCUCGCUGCCUUCGCAAGAGGAGCGCACGGCUCCCGUGCCCGGCGCUCGCACCGAGCGACACGAGAGCAUGACCAAGUCGCUCUUCAACCGCGGCAGCCGAAUCCUGCGGCGUCAGGGCAGCAAGUUCAAUAUCGCCGCCACCCUGGAUGAGGAGGAUGAGGCAGAGCGUGAAAAGUCCCGCUUCGAAGUCUUCGGCCGCCACCACAAAUCCCGCCAAAGCGAUUCCCAUGACAAUCUCAAGAGCCUUAUCUCGGACCCGUUCGAUUUCCAUCAUCUCACCCAUACGAGUCAGUCCCAUUUCCAAACCUUAGACAGAGCUCGUGAAACCGAUCUGGUCACCGAAUUCUCCGCCAUCCGAGCCUCGCAAAGACCUGUGAUGGGUCUGAAGGGUAUCCGUGCCGAAGACCUCCAUUUCCGUGAUUUCUCAUCGGAGGAUCUCACCAAUUGCGGGACGGCCAUAGCAGACGAUCGCCCUGAUCCUGCGCCGGUCAGUCCACCGAUUUCGCCGGGCGCGACUUCGCCCUCCUCUUCCACCGCCAGGAGCCCUCGAGAUAUCAAACCUCCGAGGGAGUCGCGCGUUUUCGAGAAUUUCUCGCGUCCGGUCCCGAGAUAUCCCCGGGCUGAAUCAACCACUCCACCGCCCAAAACCACGGCGCGACUGGCGGCCUCGCCAGAAAUUUCAGAACCAGCUCCUCGGGCCAUCGACGAAAUUUUGGGUCUCUCGUCCCCACCGACCUAUCCGGAGCACGUGUAUUCCCACGAUGACGACGAUACCGGACCUGGCUCCUACCUCUCUGGCAUGAACAUUGAGGCCAUGUUGCCAACAACCAAUGACCAUGCUAUUUCCACCGGGCCUGGCAAGGAUACGGCAGGAACUACAAGAGCCUCCUCCAUGUCCUUCACCAACCUGUCUUCUGACCUGGAUGACGUCCCCGAAGAAGAGGAGGCGACGCACUGGCAUGGCAGUCCCGGGUCCCACGUGGAGGGCGCAACCUCGCGGAUCCAGUCCCCUUCCGCUGCCUUCCCGAAUGGGAUGCAACCAGCCUCGUUGGCGCGCCCCAAGUCCCAGUUGUCGGUAAACGUGGCCGAGGAGCUAUCAAGGAAAUUCUCCGAGGCGCUUGGAUCGCCGACGCUGCCUCAAUAUCGCCUGGGCUCACAAGGGUCCCAAGACGGCCACGCAGCGGGAGAAACGCCCCAAAGACGCCCCUCCAUCCGACCUGAUCCCAUCUGUGAGACAAUUUAUGAAUCUUGGGACGCCGACAUUGAUUACUGCUAUGAGCAUGCGGCGGAGUCAAACUCGAACUUCGACUGGGCUCGUAAUUCGGUCGAUGAACCGCGACAUGGGGGAAUCGGCAUACCUAUCACCACAGCAGAACCCGACAGUUCAUUUGAAGGAGAAGGCCAGGGCGUUCUGCCAUCAGUGCACCUAUCGUGCACGCUGCCCACCCCAGUCUUGGAGCCCAGUCCCUCGGGCCCGAUGGGAUAUGACGGCGAGCUGAUGGUUCCCCCAAGAGAUGGCGAGUACUUUCAACCCGUGGGUUCGGCGAUCCUGCCAUCUCCCUUCGCCAAACACGUAACGCAAGAUACGCUAUACGAGGAGUACCUCUCAGCCGACGCGGAGUCGGACCGGCAUUUCUCCUUCUGCUCGCAGGGUGUGAUUCAGCCCAUGGAGCACCCUGUCUCUCCGCGGAGUAGCUUCUCUCCCAUUAGCAAAUGCAAUUCGCAGGAGAGCUUGAUUCUAUCCCGCGCGGCGUCAAUCGUCCGCAAGCAUCGGUCUUCGGUUUCAACAACAAGCGUUCCUGAGCUUGUACACAGUCUGGCCAACAGCAGGGAUCUAUCUAUGGGGGACCAACUACCCUCGGGAGAAUAUUCCAUGCCAUCCGGCUCUCCAUCCAUCUCCGGACUGGGACGUCCAGACUCAUCCUCUCACCAUCGGCAGACGAAGAGCCUGGCACGAGAAAUUGAAAACCAGGUUUUUUACCGGGUCGACAAUGCCAGUCGUGAAUCAGCGGAGCUAGCACCGUCUCCUAGCCCAUCCAUCCACGAUCGGGCCAAGUCCACAUCUGAGGUUGAAGCGGCUCCCCUGGUUGCUCGGGCUGCGAAGACCGAACUCCCUCUCAAGGGUGCCCAGCGGAGAAAGGGCAGGACCUCCUAUUCCCUCUUUCCAUCUACCCCGGCAGCCAACUGA